AUACACGCUCUCUCCCUCUCUCCCACUCUAUCAGUUGUCUUUUCACUUAGAUCUCUAUUCUCUAUCUUCAAUACAGACCUCAAGAUUCCAUCUAUUUACGGCCCAUCAUUGUCUCCUGGCUAAGUUUUGCCGUUUUUGUUUUUGUUUUUUGUUGGUUUACCAGUCCCAGUAGCUUAUGCUUUCGUUAAGCUUUUACCGUCGGUUGCUUCCUCCUCAAGAUCUUAUCCGAGUCUGCUUAGAAAUCAAGCUGAAAUUUUCCCAAGAAAGUGAAAGAAAAAUUCCCCAGAAUUUUCUGGUUAAAGUUGUGAGCGAUUUGUAUAAUAGUUCCCCGACACCAGACGGUGCCAUGAGCCUUGAGUUUUGGUCCACUCUCCAAGGCUUUGAAAAAAAAAAAUAGAACAAAGCGAAACAGAGGCGUGUGUUCCAUGGAAUCAAAUUCCCAGCACAGUUAUCAACUCCAGCAACACGAUAAUCACCAAACGAAUUCUGGGUUAUUGCGGUUUCGCUCUGCCCCCAGCUCGCUUCUGUCCAAUUUCACCGAGGAGUGUGUUGGUUCCGGUGCCAACAAGGGCAAUUUCACGGAGGGCUCUGAUUCGGAGAGAUUAAUUUCAAGAUUUCUGAAUUACGGUGGCGGCGCAAAUUCAACUUCUCCGAGUUUCCAAGAUUUUGAGGAUAAGCCUCCGGUGUUGGCGGCGACCGAGGCGGCUGCGAACCGUGUGAGCUCUCAGCAGGGCUAUUCUGGGGGUCUGCCUCCCCAUUAUCCUAGAUAUAGCACGACUGCGACAACUUCUUCUGCCAUGGAUGGCGCAUACGGGUUGGUGGGUUCAAUGGCAAUGGAUGGCCACGUUCAAACGAAAGCAGUUAACUCCAAUAUUGUCAGGCAGAGCAGCUCGCCUGCUGGGCUUUUCUCCCAGAUUUCUAUCCCAAAUGGCUAUGCCUCCAUGAAAGAUCCUGGAAACUACGGUGAAGUGAAUGGUACUAGUGGAGAUGUAAGUCCGUCUACAAAUGGAUUGAAGAGUCAAAUUAGUUUCUCUUCGAGACUUCCUUCUUCCCUAGGAAUGUUGUCGCAGAUCUCUGAACUGGGGACUGAUGCUGUUGGGCCAAAUAGUCCCCGUGAUGGAAAACUUGGAAAUGGAAAUGAUGAUGCUCGAUUUUACGGCCUUGGGUUCCCAUAUGGUUCUUGGAAUGAUCCAUCUCAUCUCACAGACAAUUUUUCUGCCAUGAAAAGAGAACAAGAUGAUGAUGGGAAACUCUUUUCUGAUGCUCAGAAUGGAGGACUUGGAACUCGGGUUCAUAUAUUAUCCCACCACUUAAGUUUGCCAAAGAAUUCUUCAGAGAUUGUUGCCAUGGAAAAGUUCCUGCAAUUCCAAGAUUCUGUUCCUUGUAAAAUUAGAGCUAAGCGUGGCUGUGCCACUCAUCCUCGAAGCAUUGCAGAAAGGGUUAGAAGAACCCGGAUUAGCGAAAGAAUGAGGAAACUACAGGAGCUCGUCCCUAACAUGGACAAGCAAACGAACACGGCAGACAUGUUGGACUUGGCUGUCGAUUACAUCAAAGACCUUCAGGAACAGUUCAAGACUCUAAGUGAAAAUCGAGCCAACUGCAAGUGUUUAAGCAUGCAGAAUCCAGUCUCAAAUCAAAUUGCUUAACUUGCUGCUGUAGAGAAGAUAAGAGAGAAACGGAGAAUUGGAUAGAAACCAGAUAUUAUUUAUGGCUGAGCAAUAAGUGGAAGUAGCUUAAGAUAUUAUCUUUUAGAGUUGCUGUGACAUAGAAAGUUGGUUUUUCUGUUUUCACCACAAGAAUUCAGGUAGCGUAGUCUAACUGGGCUUCUAGUCACACGAUACAUGAAAUAAAAGAGAGGAUCAAUUGUAUAGGUCGUGUUGUUCAAAUAGUGGAAUCCUCGAUUUAUGUGAUCGAUGAGCUGCUGCUUCUUUUGAAUAA